CUGGAGUUGCAGUGAAACCGUUGAGUCAGUGGAGUGUCAAGUCCUCAGAGGAAUGAUAGAGGCGCUGCUGGGACCAAAACUACAACUGAAACCCGUAAACAUCCAAGUGUUUCGGUGCUUUAUUCGUCGGCUGAGCGAAACAGCGACGCGGACGAGAUGCUGAGCUCGUCCCGGGCUGUUGGCGCCCCUCCGCGGGGAAGAACAAGCAGGAGGAUCCGGGUCUGCGACCUCCGCCUCGACAAGCAGGAGAGGACCGAGAAACAUCUGGAAACAGUUGGUUUGGACUUCAACGACUUUCUUCAAGAUUUGGAAAGGGAAUUUCGAAUCAGUCCACAUGAGGCAUUUGUGGUGGCAACAACUGACAGAACAACCCUGGAUUUUGACAAAUUUAAGGAGCUUCAGGAUGGCAGUACUCUCUACUUGUUGCAAAAUGAGCACCAGGCUCUGCCAGUUGCAGCGGAGGAGCACAUCACGUUUACACCUCAUUAUGAUACGCUGAUCCGGGGUGGCAUGUAUGAAUACUAUGCUAGUCAGGGCCAGGCACCAUUAUCAUACACACUUGCUGAGCUGAUUGACAACGCUCUUUCAGCCACAGCUAAAAACAAAGGACGGAGGAUUAUAGAGAUACGGGUGCUGAAUGACAAAACUGUUGGGAAACCUGCAGUCAUUGUGCUUGAUAAUGGUUGUGGGAUGACCUCGAAACAGCUGAACAACUGGGCUGUGUACAGACUCUCUAAAUUUACAAAGGAGAGCAGCACAUUUGCAAGUGAUAAAGAGGGCUAUGUUCGGCCAGAUCAUGUACCUCGCAGUCUCAACAGUGAUAUAUCCUACUUUGGAGUUGGAGGAAAACAGGCCGUUUUCUACAUUGGAGACUCAGCCAGGAUGAUCAGCAAGCCUGUAGGUUCUCCAGAUGUUCAUGAGCUGGUCCUUUCAAAGGAAGAAUUUGAGAGAAAAGAGAAGAACAAAGAAGAUAUUUUCAGCGGGGUCAUCUUAAACAGGAAGCCCGGUGAUUCUUCACAUAUAAAGAAUAAUGACGAGCACUUCCUCCAGGCCCUUAUCGCUGAGGAACGUGGGAAGGAAAGCUUUACAGCUGUCGUCAUUACAGGAGUCCAGCCUGAGCAUAUCACCUUCCUGACAGAGAGAUUUAAUGUGGUGACCAGAGAGCUAGCGCACAUAUAUCACUAUUACAUUCACGGAGUCAAUGGAAAUGUCAGGAAUAAGAGCUCGUCAGACUCAGAUGAUCUUAAAAUCGACAUUCAUGUCACUUUGCGGGAGAAACCUCCCAAAUGUCCCCGUGCAAUUCACCUCAGGGAAGUUGAAGACGACAUGCAGACUCUGUACAUUAAUGCAGCUGCAGACACGUUUGAGUUUAGAGCCUCCACUGCAGCCGACAACGGCACAGUUGAGGGAAUCAUUCGGUAUCAUCCCUUCCUCUAUGACAAGGAGACCUACCCUAAACGUCCAGAAGCCCCUGAUAAUGAUGAUGACGAUAAUGAGUCUGGAUUCACCGAUCAGGCAAGAAAGAGGAUGCCGAUCUUUGAAUGUUUCUGGAAUGGACGACUCAUACCUUACACUGCAGUCUCUGAGUUUGAUUGGUGUUCUCCCAGUAAAGGAGCAAAAGAGCUUGCAGAGUGUUACAGUCGGUUGUCAGGGGUGCUUUUCACUGAUGACAGGUUCCAGGUCACCACAAACAAACUCACCUUUACUGACCUGGAGAUGAAACUGAAGAACAAGGACACUAUCUACACAACUGUUGUUAAUGGACAGAAAUCCUCAAAAAGAGCUAACAUUCAGAAUGAGUUCAGUCUUUGGCUUCAAAACUGUCAUGAGAAGUUUGACAAGCAAGUGAAGUUUCUUGGCUACCAGGGGACCAUAACACGACCAGAAGUGCCUUCUAAGAAAAUGCAGCAUCCCUGGGCCAUGUUCUCCUCCAUCGAAUGGGAUGGCAAAACAUACAAAACAGGCCAGCGUGUGAAGUCUCUGAGAACGAACCCUGUUCUCUACGGUACUAUUGUUAAGUUUUUGCUGUAUGGAAGUUAUGAUGGAGACGUCUUUGCCACAGGAGGACAGGUGGAAGUGAUUCGGGAGCCCAAAGCUCUUUAUGACAUGACCAAGAUCAUCCCCAUUUCCAAGAUUGACAAAACUGCCACUGAUGAAGCCAUCAAGAAAAACAUCGACAAUGACUUUGCCAAGCUUCCAGAGUGGCUGAAAGUGGUCUGGCCAAAAGGUAACGAGUGGCCACAGAAUGCUGUUUGUCCUGCUGGGACCCCUUUAGGGCCAAUCAACGUUGAAAUUCUAAACAAGAGAGGCGAGUCAAUAUCCUCGAUGCCGUCAGCGGGUCAGGGGAAAGGACCAGUGCUGAGUAUGCAGCUCACAAUAGUCCUGCAUGAUUCUAAAGGAGACAAAGUGGUUUCAAAAUUCAUUGCCCAACAUUCACCAAAAUGGGGUUUCGAGUUCAAAAAAAAUGAGAGUCUGACCCAGCUGGGGAAGUACACACUGUUUCUAAACACAGUAAUGAAAGACACCAAUGAGCCCGUCUUUGGAGGCAAAAAGCUUCCAAACUUCACUCUCAAAUUCACCGUCAAAGAGGGUGAUGCACAGAGCUUCGUUAUCACCGCAGUGAGCCCCAGUGUUCGUGUAGGGGUGCCCUUCAAUAUUCCUCUACAGUUUAAAGAUUUAUAUGGUAACUUAACAGCACCUCCCAAACCCCCGCCUGUACUGGAGUGCAAUGGCCUGGAUGUGAAUUACGGGGCAGUGGACAGCCGUGGGACCACGUUCACCGUGAAAAAUGUCACAGUGAAAGGAAAAAUCUUGCAUUACCAGCAAAAUGAGAGUUAUGACCUGAAAGUGACCCUGUCUGGCCUGAAAACAGAAACACAGACUGUCAAGAUCAUUCUUCAUCCUGGUACCCCACAUUCCCUCCACGUGAUGCCAGAAGAAGACCCAGUCAAAGUAGAGAAUGGAAACCCAGUCGCCUUUAAUGUUGAAAUUCAUGAUGAGUGUGGAAACAUCACUGCUCACCCCAGACAGAUAGUUCGCUGCCAGGUUGAGGAACUUCCACUGGUGACAGUUGACUGCAGCAACACAGGAGCUGGCCAGCUUAUGACAAAGCCCAUAAACCUGAAAAUAAUUGAUGGACAGCCACAAACACGCAAAGUUCAGUUUGAGAUGCCUAGUCAACGGCACAUAGCGUCAAUCACAAGAGAGCUGAAGGUGAUUCCCAGCACACGAGUCGCUCUGAUGCAGGUCUACAGCGCAGGUGAUGACAAUCUGGUGCUGAGGAACAAUGACAAGAUAGAUUGGGUAGCAGGAGGAGUGCUGGAGAACCUGUUCUACAGACUGUAUGAUGAGGCUGGCAGUGAGGUAACAAUCAGUGCUGAAAUAGCCUCCAAGAUCAAGGUGAACUGGACUGGAGAUAUUGAUCUGGAAGAUUUGAUCCACCGAAGGCUGCCUGAUAUAGAAGUGCCCACACAGGUGCAGGAUGAGCGCUUUUUCCAGGUGUCCUACCAUGACCAGAGUGUCUCUGUCUCCUUCACUAUAACUCCUCGUCCAGACGAACCAACACGGCUAAAAAUAACGCUUCCCCAAAGCACAGUGAGGCUUGGUGAAAUCCUACCUGGAAACAUCAACUUGGAGCCUGUGGACCAGUAUGACAACGUCACCAAGACACUUAACCCCACCUGUGUGAGGGACAUGAGUGUGGAAGCUGAAGGUCUGGAUAAAUCUUCUGUCGCCUUUAUGUGGCAGCAGUGGAGCAGUUCAGUUGUGGUGACGGGAAUACGUUUCAGUUCAGGACCUCUUGGCCUCAGAGAGAUGUGCUUCAAAUACUCCACGUAUGUGGAGCAUAUCAAGAUUGAAGUGACUGCUGGUAUUCCUGCACAGCUUAAGCUCAUCAGUGGACCUGAGCAGCCUUUGCAGUUGUUCAGUGACCACGGUAUCUCCGAACCUUUCCUCGUCCAGCUGUACGAUGAGUGGGAGAACCCUUCUCCAGACAAGAGGGUUGUGGUUCAGUUAAGAUCACCCUCAACACUGAAGGUGACAGCAACUGUUAUGUCACAACCUGUGAACGCUCAAGGGAAAGCCUCUUUCACUGUUACAAGUGUGAGUGGUCCAAAGGGGUGCUAUAAGCUUCAGUUUACAGGUUUCUUCAACAAGAAGCCCAUCCCUGGUCCAUCAGUGAACCUCACUAUCAUCCCUGAUCGCAACAAACCUGUCAGACUGUCAGUUGAGUACGACAGUAAAGUCAGGUUUCUUGCUGGAGGCAUUUUCCCAGUUUUCUCAGUAACCGUGGUGUCUGAGGAAGAAAGUCCAAUUACAACUUUUAGCCCGACAGCUGUGUCCAUGCGUCUGUGGAGUGGAGUGUCAUCAGGAGGAACACCACCACCAACAGUCCCUGAGCUGAAGUGUAGUAAACCGAUGGGACAUGAGAAGAAUGACCGCUUUUACUUUAGAGAUAAACAGAUUCCAGAACAUGCUGGACCACACGUCAUACAGUUUUCUCUGCGUGUUGAUGAAACUAAACUCCUGUUCAGUGAUCAGAUUCCUGUAAAUGUGGUGGCCAAUCAACCUGUCAAACUGGGACCCGACUCUCAGCCCCGUACCCCAGUUGUUUCCAACAGUAAAGACAUCACCAGCCGAACCUUGGUUGAGAAUAUGACUCUGAGGAUAAUGGAUUCACAUGGAAACCCAGCAGGGCAGGACCUCAACGGGAGGGUCGCGGUCUCUAUAAAGUGCACCAAUGGAGAUAAAAACAAAAGCCUCCCUUUGUUUGAAGGAAAAAUCCACAGUUUCCGGCUUGACUUGGUAGACGGAAAGGCUUACAUCACUAGACUGGCUAUCAUAGAGAAUAGUCCUGGUGAGAAUGGCAGCAUAUACACCCUGCUCUUCCAACCUGAAGUGCCGAAGUUUCCCACACCAUUGAAUCCUUUUGAGCUCGAAUUCCAUUUUUACAAUGAUGCAGACAACCAAGCCAAAAUCUCUCACCUGACCAAGCAGAAAGAUGAGCUCACCGUUGCUAUUGCUGCAUAUGAAAACAUCUUUCUGACAUCUACACAACUCCUUAAAUUACUGACAGAUCAAUGCCUGGCUGCAAGUAAUAAAGAGAGCAGCCUUAGAAAUGAGCUGAGCAAAAGGAAUGUGACAAUAACACAACCUGUAUCUAGCCAAGCUAUUGACACACUCAUAAAUAAGAAGCGUGCAGAAGUUGACAAAAUUCUGAAAAUGCCCAGAAGAUCGUGCUCUAUACGUGAGAACUUUAUGCUGCAGCCGGAUGUUUUGGGAAUGGUUGGCCACCUGGCCUUUGUGGAGGACGAUACUGCUGCGUGGGUUAUUUCCUGGCACAUCAGGGGUGACAUGGACUGUAUCAUAACCAAAACAAAAGAAGCAGCAGAGAGGAUCUAUAGAGAAACGCAGGGCAAGCAGCAGGUCAUGGCCCUGGACAGCGUGUUUGUGCCGCCAAGAGACAGGCCGCUGCCACAUAUCAGAUAUGGCCGCACGCUCUUUGAUCCGCCUGGGAACCCGGUCUAUGCCAGAGAGCUGCUGAUUUGCCCCAACGACCAGGAGUGCUGUGACAUCGUGUUUAAAAACAUCCUGGGAGAUACUAUUGUGAUUGAUGACCUGCAAUCUGCAAACAACUACAGGAGGGCGGUGGUGCAGAACAAGUCACCGUGUCCCACCAUCCUGACCAGGCAGGGGGACAGAGUCAGUGGCAAGGGCAAGUUUGGAGGUGCACAGAACAAAGCCCCACCGAUGCAGACAUUGCCACUGUUUGGAGCCCCCUUCCCUCCGAUCUACCACACUCUUAGAAAUGACAUAGAGCUGCUCCAACAGUACCAGUUAGCUGUGAAAAAGAGGGAGGAGGCAGAAAAGGAGCGAAGUGAUCACAUACAAAACCUUAAGUCUCCUGAAAUGGAAAGAAAGAACCAAGAAAUGGAAGAGAAGAAGAAGCUGCUGGAGGACAUUGAAAGACAACUUGCUUCAACACCAGUAACACCAGUGAAACGGGGUGCUGAGGAUGCUGGUGAGCCAUCUGGCCUCAUGACAAAAAGAGCAAGACGGAGUCUCACAUAAGAAACUUGCUAAUCCUACCUGAGAGUUUGAGCGCAAGCUUCUUUUGUAAUUUUCUUUAUUCUUAAUUUCGAGCUACAGUAAUCCAUGCCAAUUUUGUUAGAGAUUUGUAUAUUUUUUCUGUUUUAACAGUUUUGCAACAGAACAGCUUAUGAGUGAACAAUUGCUCAUCAAUUAUCUCGUGUUCUAUGCAUGUAUGUACGUAUAAAAUGGUUCUUUAUUCAGA